UGUCACUUUGUACAUCCAUCUUCAGCGGCCAGCAUGAGCGAGCCGACACCCCAGGAUGACGCUGAACGUAUUCGUCUCAAACGGCUCGCUAAACUGCAGAAUGCCACUCCCUCUACAUCCCAAACACCGCCAGCACCUGCUACACCUCCCCAACAACCCCCACCCCAACCGAAGCGCACUCUACCGGUAUUCAAGCCUACUCUCCCUCCAGCCGCGACUUCGCCUGUUCUACCGGCGAAGAAAAAGGCCCCAGCAAUCGUUCCCUUAGAUGUGGAUGUGUGGGAACACGAAACAAUCGGUCGCGUCUUCAAUGUAACCUUAGAUAGUAAAGUUGCACAGGAUUCUGGCUACGAGAUCGUAUGGCUCAAGCCUUUGGCUAUUGAACUCGAAACGGAAAACUCUACCCCGUUACGGUUGACCACUGAUAUCAUUGACCGGCUACUUAUUGCGCGACUUGAAAUGGAUCCUGGCAACAUGAGUGAUGAUCUUGAUUUCCUCCCAGUCCUUGCAUCUCUUCCGGCUCAGCAAACUAUUUUUGAAUAUUUAGUCGGCUGUUGGAAACGAUCCAAUGCCUCACGAUCUGCUCUCAUGAAAAAGACGUAUGCGCCUCUUGAUCUUCAAAACGCUCUUCGUCGGCUAGAUAAAAUCCAUGAACUGAUCAUCAGCUACACCGGGCUUACUCUUCAGGAGCCAGAAAUGUUCCCUCAGCCUUCAGGUCGACUGUUGGGCCCUCCGGAGUUGGUCACACCACUUUUGUCGCUCUCUGCUCUUUCGGCGCCGCUGAUGAGCUCGUCAUCAUCGUCUCCCAACUCCCUUGCUCCUUCAGAUAUCGGUGGAUUUCUCCAAGACCUUGCUCGUAGAUUUGAACCAGACAACGAAAUCGAUGGCAUCCUGGGACCUGUCGUGACACAAUUGUUGUUCCACGAGUCAUUGUCUCGUCCAGAAGGUUUGCUAGGUGGCGACUCCGGUUGGCGAGGCGUCAUAGGCGGACUCGAUGCUCUCGUCUCAGUAAAAUCGAUCGCUUCCAUGAUUACGAGACUCGAAGAUUGGAAUCCCCCCAACGCCACGGCAGCAACCAUCGAACAUAUCUCUUUGAUGGGCCCUCUCUGCCGAUUAGGAGUUUUUGGGCGCGAAUGGCCCAGUGUUGCGCAGGCGUACUUCACAGAUCCUGAAAAAAGGUCACGGGACGACGUUAACUCAUCUUUUGCAAGUCUACGUGGGUCCAUGAAGAGUCUGCAGUCUGCGCUCUUCCGAAUCUUCAACAUCAUUGUUCGUGCAUCGACUGAAUCACGUGAAGCUGUCCUAGAUUAUUUUGCACGGGUGAUCUCUUUAAACGUCAAGCGUGCCGGUAUGCAAGUGGAACCCGAUUCAGUGGCCACGGAUAGUUUUGUGGUCAACAUGCAAAGCGUGUUGUUGUGCUUUGCAGAAAACUUCAUCGACGCCAGAUACGAAAAGAUGGAUCGAAUUGACCCCCUCUUUUAUGCCCGCUCGCCUCGUAUUGACCUCAAGGAGGAAACGAGAAUCAAGGCGACUAGUGAGGAAGCUGCUGCGUGGGCAGAAGCUCAACAAGACACUACUGCUGCCGCGCCAAACUUCGUUUCCAACAUCUUCUACCUAACUAUCGCUAUGAGCCACUAUGGCAUUCUUCAUACGAUCAGCACGUACAACGACUUCGGCAAGCACCUUGAAGAACUCCAACGGCAUCUGGAUAUGAUCAAUGCGGACACAUCAUGGCAAGGGACACCUUUCCAAGCUCAAGGAGAAGCGGCUGUUACCCGAGUCAAAACCGAAAUCGCUAAGAUUCGCAUGCAGCAACUUUCCUAUGAAGCACAGCUGUUGGAUCCUGAGCUCGUCUUCCGCUCUAUCACAUUCACCAAUUUUCUCUCUACGUGGUUGAUCCGACAGGCUGAACCUAACCAGAGGCAUCCCAACCCUCCUGUGCAACUGCCGCUUCCGCAAGAAGUUCCGAUGGCAUUCCGUGUUCUCCCCGAGUACAUUGUGGAAGAUAUCGUGGACUAUCUGCACUUUGUUGUACAAUAUUCUCCAGACAAGUUCGAGCUUUCGGGCAAGAUUGAACUGAUGACAUUCGUGCUUACUUUCCUCAACUCGACCUGGUACAUCAAGAACCCAUUCCUGAAGUCCAAGAUCAAUGAUGUCCUGUUCUUUAGCAUCUGGAACUAUGGUCGUGAGCGACACGGACUGUUGGGAGGCUUAUUGAACACGAACGAGAUGGCUUUGAAACAUCUCAUGCCAGCCUUGACGCAUUUUUACAUUGAGGUUGAGCAAACAGGAGCGAGCUCGCAGUUCUAUGAUAAAUUCAGUGCUCGACGAAACAUUUCGUACAUCUUAAAAGUUGUAUGGGACAAUCCAACGCAUAGAGCUGCCCUCAAUGCAGAAGCGGCACAGAAUGUCGACAAAUUUGUCAAGUUUGUCAACCUCAUGAUCAACGACGUGACCUACCUGAUGGACGAGUCGCUUUCGGACCUGGCCCAAAUCCAUACCAUCCAACGCGAAAGGGACGAUGGUGCAACGUGGAAUGCUCAGCCGCAACAGCAACGCCGAGAGAGGGAGAAUACCCUUCGCACUCUGGAGCGCCAUGCAUCUGGGUAUAUUAGUCUUGGCCGGUCGACGGUUGAGUUGCUCAAGGUAUUCACUUCGGAGACGAAAGGUCCCUUUAUGAUGCCUGAAAUCGUCAACCGCCUUGCGGCCAUGCUGGAUUAUAACUUGCAGGCGCUCGUUGGACCUAAAUACGGCGACCUAGCGGUCCGCGACAAGGAGAAACUCAAGUUUGAUCCUCGCGCACUUUUGAGCGAUAUUAUCCAGGUCUUCUUGAAUCUGAGUGACAGAGAAGAGUUUGUUGAUGCCGUUGCCUCGGAUGGACGCAGUUACAGCGCCGAGCUGUUUGAACAAGCUGCGACUAUUGCCGUUCGGAGAUCCCUGAAAACGGAAGGGGAGAUCGCGCAAUUGAGGGCAUUUAUAGCAAGGGUUGAAGAACGCAAAGCGACAAUGGAGGCGGAAGAAGACUUUGACGACAUUCCAGAGGAAUUCCAAGACCCAUUGAUGUACCACCUCAUGCGUGAUCCUGUCCUCCUACCAACCUCGCGGACUAUCAUCGACCGUUCCACCAUCAAGUCGCAUCUAUUGUCAGACUCUAAAGAUCCUUUCAAUCGCCAACCACUCAGUAUAGAUCAAAUCAUUCCUGAGCCAGAACUGAAAGCCCGCAUAGAUGCGUGGGUGGCCGAGCAAAGGAAGAAGAAACAGACAGAAGCAACUUCCAAUGUCAUGGACACGACCUAG